CUUAUUCUAUCUUCGUUCAUCCCUAAAUAAAAAUUACGAUCUAUAGACCGGUUUUUUUAUCAGAGACGAAUAGUUUCCUGUUCGCGUUCAGAUCAGUCACGUUAAGGAAACAAAAAGAAAGACAAAAAAAAACAAACAAAAUAUAUUAUCAUGAAAUUUACUAACGAAGAAGCAUUAAAGUUUACAAAGAGAAGCGUUGCUCUAUUAGUUGCAUGGCCACCACCGAUGAACACCUCGAAGAAAAAAUUGUUCUUUCUCGAUGUGUACUUUUACGCUUCCUUUCUAAGCGCUCAAAUAAACUUACUGUUGAUACUAAAUGAAAUGGUCGUUAAUCGCAAUAAUUUUGAGAUAAUAAUACAAUCAAUGUGCAUCGCAAUCUCUAUUAUACAAAUGAGUAUUAAAAUGAUGGCAUGUAGAAUGCAACGUUCGAGUUUAAAGUCGAUAAUAAUGGAAAUGGAAAAUAUUGUUGAACAUGCUGAACCAUACGAAAAAGCUAUAUUAGAAAAAUAUGUGAAUAGAUCUGCGAUACUACACAUGUCCCUUACAUUUGGAUUUUAUUUAGCCGGAGUGAAUAUCAUUUUAGGACCAAUAUUUCUACCACAUCCGUUACCAAAUAUUAUAACUUAUCCUUUCGACGUAGAAAAACAUCCCAUUUACGAAAUUAUUUAUUUUCAACAAUCAUUAACUGCUUUACAAGCUUGUACAGGUGCAACGAUUGAUUGCCAGGUCGCACUUUUACUAUGGUUCGUUGGUGCAAGAUUUGAAAUGUUGAAAAUUGAAUUAGCCAAUACUGUCGACGAGUACGAUCUUAAACGAUGUAUAGUGAAACAUUGUCAAAUAAUCAGUUACGCAGGAAAGGUAAUAAAAACUGUGCGUUUCGUAAUUCUUGCUACUGUUUGUAUUACGACCAUAUUAAUAGUGUUUAGUGGACUCUUACUCUUAUUCUCAAAUGAAGUAGCGGUCAAAUUCCAAUUCCUCGUGUUGGAUAUUGUCGCUGUUAUUCAAUUAUUUUUGAACUCAUAUCCGGCUGAAAAUUUAAUACAAAUGAGUACUGCGAUUGGAACGACAGCUUAUGAUUUGAAUUGGAUUGAUAAAUCACGAAAAAUAUGGAGAAAUGUAUGCUUUCUAAUUCAAAGAUCUCAAAAACCAAUUACAAUCAGUAUUCCUGGAUUUAUACCUGCAUUGUCUCUAACUUAUUACAUGUCGUUUCUGUCAACUUCAUUUUCAUACUUCACAACAUUGAGAGCUGCUGUUAAAUAAAACGAUUAAUUAAUUUUUUGCAUUUAUAUAAAAAGAAGAAAUAACAUUUGUGUGAAAAAGAAUGGAAAUGUCGAAUAUAGAUUCA